AUGCCACAAGACAACAGUAUUCGAAAUGGCUUGCAAGGCAAAAGUGUUUUGGCCAACGAUUCUUCAAUCGGCCCCACCGUGCGCCGACCAACUGGUGUUUCAGUUGAACAUCAGGUUCUUGCAGCCUUAAGAUUUUAUGCCACAUGUUGCUAUCAAGCAGCGGUGGGUGGUCAAUAUGAUCUAGCACUGAGCCAGCCAACUGUGAGCAGAUGUUGGGUACAGUUUCCCAUCACUCCGGAACAACGACAUGCUGCACGGCAAUCUUUUUUGAGAGCACCUCAACCUUUUGAAGGAGCAAUAGGUGCCAUAGACUGCACUUAUGUGCAUCUUCUGGCUCCAAGACAGCAUGAAGAAGCUUAUGUAAAUCAUUGGGGUGAUCACGCUCUCAAUGUUCAAGCUAUAUGUGAUCCUGAAUUAAUAAUACUAAACAUCAAUGCAAGGUACCCUGGAGCCAGAAAUGAUGCUUUCAUAUGGGCAAGCUCAACGGCAAAACGGGUGAUGGAGCGCAACUAUAACCGUGGAGAACGAAAUACUUGGUUGAUUGGUAUGUGGUUAUCAGUGAAUUGA